AGCCGUGCUAUUGUAUGUACAGUUUUUGAUAUUAAACAAAUUGUUUCUUGUACUAUAACAAUAAGUCUCCCACAUUACAUACCUAUCACAGUUCUCUAUAUACCGUGCAUAUCACAUCACGCAAGGACGCAAGGUCAAGGAUGAAUGAAGAGUCGGUGCGGGAGGAACAGCUGCGUGAGGCGGCCUGCGUCGGAGAUGUGGAGGCGUUGAACAAACUCAUCCAGCAUGGCGUCAACGUUAACUCCAAGAACGCCAUCAAUGGGUGGUCGGCGCUGCACUGGGGCUGUAAGCGGGGCCGGUUGGAGGCGGUGCGUCUCCUGCUGGCCGCCGGCGCCGACGUCUCCGUGACCAACAGCAGCGGUCAGCAGCCGUCUGAGCUCACCAAGAACCGACCAAUUCUGCAGCUCCUCGGAGUGGAGCCCACAGAGGGGGAGUCUCCGCCGGACGUCUCCCCAGCGGCGGGCACCCCCUCCUUCCAGCCCUCCUACCUGACCUACCCGGCGUUCAGCGUCGACUUGACGCCCAGCCGGCUGCCCAACGGCGACAGUGGCGCCGCUGGUGAGCCGACGCCAGCGCUGCCUAACGGCAGUCUUGAGAAACCGCCCCCCGAGCCUGCCGCGCCCGCUGCGGUGCCGGUGGUUCCCGUGACACCGGCGGUGGCUGGACUGGUGUGCUGCUCCUGCCGCGACCGGCAGAGGCCCGUCAAGGGCGCCAUCCCUGAUGAUGAGCUGGUGCUGAAGGUGCGCGUGGCCGGUGUGCCCGCGGAGGCCGACUUUGUGGAGCUGCAGCUGCCGCUCUCCGAGCUGACAUUUGACCGACUGCUCAGGGAGUGCUGCCGCGAGCUCAACAUUGACGGACAGGUGAUCGAAAGAGUGAGGAAGCUUCCCAACACGCUGGUACGACGUGACAGCGACGUGCGCCGCCUCACCGACUACCAGGAGCUGGAGCUGGUGGUGCGGGGCAGCCGACCGGCCCCGGCCCCCGCCGCCGCCCCGGCCACCCACUCGGCGCCGGCCGGGCCCUUCUCCAGACCCAUCGUCUACUAGAUGGUGGGCGGUGAGAUGAGGGAGGAAGCAGAGCUCAGGUCAGCCAGUCGUACCUCAGCUCUCUGCGCUGCGCGGCGGUGGGGCUCCGUAUGGAGCGCGCAGCUCUCUUUAGACCUCCCCACUCAGAGACGAAGGUGCUUCAGUCUUCACGGGUCUGCCUUUGUACGUUGAUGCAUUCUGCGGUAGAGACGCUAGUCUAUGGUCUUCGCAUUGUGCUGCUGUGCUAAUUCGCUUGACUGAACCGAACGCGUGGAUGCAUUCGGUUUGCACUGGUAUAAAAAAUAGAGCAUUCUAGUGGAGUCUAGGACUUCUCUUGGUCCUUAUCACAUCUUGUUUUUCGUUGAAUGGCGAGCCGAUAAUGAAAUCAAUCGAAUACGCAUCGCAAGUAACAUCAGAUAGAAAAACAAGAAUGCUGCUCACGGACAUGCUCACUGCUCAGCUGUAAUGAGCUUUGGUUAUAUAUCAUUUUGUAACGGGCAUUUACAUUGCUCAUCGCCGGUAAACAUGGAAUAUGCAGAGAGCGUGUCUAGCUGCGGCACAUCGGAACCAUGGAUGAAAAAUCAUGACAUCUUACAACUGUGUCGAUACUUAUUCUAAAUGACCCUGCCAUGGACCACCGUUGAAUUCUAAAUGACUUAUUCUAAAUGACCCUGCCGUGCCGUUGAAUUGUCUUUUUCGACUUGUGCGGCUAUCGCCAUAUGGUUGACUCAUGACUGUUUUGGACGAAUUAUUAGAUGACCACCUCGCGCGCUCGAUGUGAUGUGCCCUGCGUCUGCGCUGUGCCUCUGUGUUAUCUCCGGCCUCAGUCUGCUGGUACCAGGGUAUCCUCUAGACUCUAGUAUGUCACUGGGCGGGACCCGCAUCUUUUCGGUCGCGGAGUGUGCGAGAGCUGUGAGGGGGCCUGUGAAUUGUGUGUGGUGCGUUCCACCACUCUCCGACUUUCCCUGUGACGUGUCUGUUUCGUAAGCUCCCAGCGCCUCAGCUGCGCGUAGCUGCCCCAAGAGUCACCGUGCUUCUCUCUCAGUCUGGUAACUGCUCUUCUUGUGAGCUACACAAUUAUUCUCCUCUUUUGUCUGUGACCCUUUGGUACGUUCCGUGCCGCGUCCUUAUCACGACUGUUUCUGCGUGAGUUCGUAAUGCAAUGUCUUGUCUAUGUCUGCCUACAUGUGCGAUCGUGGAACAGUUGUUGCCUUUCCCUCCCCCGUACCGGUGCCUGCUGUGCUUUUUUUGUGCCGCGUAUUUGGUCCUAGGCUAUCACCCAGUGAUAUUGUCAGUGUGAACAGUCGUUCAGUCUUAGUCUGAUGGAUCUUCCCGUGUGACCAUUUCCCCUGGUGGGUGACUGCUGCAGAGCCGUGUCUUUCGAAGUUGGAGGGGUAUGUAAUAGGGGAUUCACUGGUCACUGGUCAGGGGUCAAAGUCGGGCUAGAUAAGGUAGUACCCGGUCCGCACGGGGUCAUCAGUCAGGUCAGGUCAGGUCAGGUGUAAUCGGCACUGCCUCAUGCGGCUUUGGAGAGGGUCCUCCGGGGCUGUGUGGGCUGGUGGGACGGCGUCACACGACAAAUGGGGACCACACUGUGGCCCUUAACUUGCCUGGUACACCGUUCCACAGUCCAGCAGUACUAAUACUCUGCGUAUAGGGCUCUGAAGGGUUGUCGAGUCUUUGGGGCGCUUCAGAGAGUUAUACGUCAUCCGACCCCUGUGUGCAGAAUACCGUAAUUGUGGGCCUUGGGCGCUUGUUGUAGUGCCAGUGCGUAGUGCUUGGGUGCUAGUUUCGUGACGUGAGCAGCUGCCCAGUCGAAGGUGGGAUAUUAGUUCGCUGUGAUUUGCCAUACUCAUGCAAUGCGCCUCUGUUUUGACAGAGUGGUGUUUGUUGUUGAUUGAUGGAUGUUGUACCUCCACGGGCCAUUUUGGAGCUUUUUGCUAAAGUCACAUUGGUUAAUAUGUUGUUUCAUUUUUGGGGUGACUGAUAAGAAUGAUGGUUAGAUGUUUCAAAUGAUGUUAUAUGCUUUUUUAUAUACUAAUAAUUGACUUUCAUGCUGUGCAUUGCUCCGUUACGAGCACGGUAAUCAUUCACAUCAACUCCGUCAUAGUGAAUGUUAUGUUGAGAAGUUCUUCGUUGAAAUGAAUUCUAUAAUUUAAUUACAAAGCAUGGCUGUUUAGGUAUUUUGAUGCCGGAUCAGCUGCAAUUGCUUCCUCUUUGAAUUAAUCGAAAGGGAUUGCGCAAUUAUGAGGCUAUGCGACGAUGUUACCUAUUCGUUGAACGUAUAUGCUGACGUGCUAAAAUAAUACAUUUGUGACUUGCUGAACUCGCA